AUGGACGUUUUAUUAACGCCAGCAACAAAACGCAUUAAAACUGACAAUUUUGACAUAAAAGCUGUGUUAUCAGAUGAGUUUAAGAAGGAAAUAACAUUAAUAAAGGCCUACAGCUGCCGUUUGGAGCGUCAGCAGCUGGAGCACAGUUUAAAAGAGCUUGCAACCAAGUUGCCACAUUUCCAGCACUUAAAGCGCGUACAUGACAGCAAUGUGCUAAUAUGCCCCACAAAGGAUAUACAACAUACACUAGAGCAGCAUCUGCAACAGCAUAAUAUUACAGAAGAGGUACUCCAGACGCUUUGUAAGAAUGUAAAGGAAGUAGAAGUGCCGGCAAGCUGGCCAAGACUGCGCGUGCAAUAUGAGGAAAUGUUGCCCUAUUGGCCUGUCAAGUUUCAUCCCAACAAAUAUAUGGAAUCGCUGCACAAUGGCACGAAUUUCAGCAGUGCCGAGAGACAAUUUCAUAGACGCAUGGCGCAGCUGCUGCGUAGUUUGUCCAGCGAUUUAAAUAAAGAUGGCAAUAUGGGCAUAUGUGUGGAUCCUAGAGGAUCAAGCAUAGUAGCCAUAGCAGGUAGCCAACCAGAGGCACUGCCGCAUGAACAUUGUGUAAUGUGGCUGGUGGAUCAUGUGGCACGUAGUCAGGGUGGCGGUGCCUGGGAAUCAACGCAGACAUUUUCUUCGGAGCCCACAGAGCUGGGUGUGCCGCAGUCAUAUAAGGAUUAUAUACAACAACAGCAGGAUUUUCAAGACUUACGAAUAGGCGCCGAGCUGCCCAGAAAUUGUCAAAGCUUGCAGGAGUUGGAACAAGAACAAAGUGCAGCCAAUAAUCUGUCAAAAUACGGUCCUUAUUUGUGCACCGGCUAUGAUGUCUACCUGCUGCGUGAACCUUGUCUCAUGUGUGCCAUGGCUUUGGUGCACAGUCGUGUGCGUCGAAUUUUCUUUUUGGACUGCUGCAAAAAUGGUGCCUUAAUUAGUUGCUUCAAGCUGCAUACCAUAAAGGAGCUGAAUCAUCACUAUGAAGUCUUCCACAUAAUUUUAACUUAACAAAAAGCACUUUGUUUAA